GCUAGGUAAGUGUUGUACUAUCACCAAACUAUCCAAAGGGCAAUACAUGCCUGAACCUAAGUAGGCUUCCUCCACUCUCGGCCCUCUCGCAGCAUCUGGGAGCCCUCUAGCAGUUUCAGCGCCAGGACCCUGGCUGCCUAGACUUCCAUAUAGGCAAAGAGGCAAUUGGCCAACAGUGCGCCCUUGAGCGCGAAAGAAGGAGUUAGGGUGCCUUAGCUAGGGCCUUUCAGCUUCAGGGCUUGCAUUUGAGAACCGCAGUCCUUCCUCUAUUCUGUCAUUAGCGUGUUCGAUCCCCUUCUGGAGUAGCAUCAUGGGUCCGGCUUUCGAGGUUCCGUCUAGCUAUCGUGGAUCCAAAGAAUGGUGUCUCAAGGUCGCAGACGAAUGCCAGGCCCUGGAUUGCAAACAAGGUGUCGUAUCAUACGUCGUCGCCGACGAUCACGACCCUAAACACGUGUACUCCUUCAGUCUGGCAAGGACGGCACAGUUCAAGCACCUCCGGGCCAUGGUAGCGACGUCCAUUCCGUUCUUCGACCCUGAGACAGCAUGCCUUACGGCGAAGUAUUCCAUUACGCAAGCCGACGGCUCCUGCAGCUCAUAUGCACUGGCGGAGGACUCCCACUACGACGCCAUGCUCAGCAGCCUGCGCAACAACGAAGCAGUUAUCACGCUGCUUCACAUCUCCAGCCCAGAGGGUCUGUCGGCCAUGUGGCUAUUCAAGGACGACACGACCGCUGCUAACAGCAGCAACAACAAGAACGACACCAGCAACAACGACACCAGCAACAACGACACCAGCAACAACGCCAGCAGCAACAACGGAAAGCCUGGCCUGUUUCAACGCCUCCGUCGCAGUGUGGGGAAGGCGGCGCUCAUCGGUACAGUCGCAGUAGUCGGCGCGGUGGCCGCGCCAGUUGUCGCAACAGCUGCUUUGGGGGCCGCGGGCUUCUCUGCCUCGGGUGUGGUAGCAGGCAGCGCAGCAGCUGCUUGGCAGGCCAGCAUCGGCAACGUAGCUGCAGGGUCGAUGUUCGCCUUCCUGCAGUCCGCAGGGGCGGGGGGCGCAGCUGCGGCUACCUUUGGCAGCGCUGCUACUGCUGCGGGGGCCGCCAUUGGAACAGGGGCAGGAGUGGCCGUGGCGAUGAAGACCGGCGGCAAGAAGCCGUCAGGGGACGACGCGUCUGGUGAUGCGCCGGCAGCGGGAGAAGGGAAGGAGGCAGACGCAGCAGCGGGAGAAGGGCAGACGGCGGGGGCGGCGACGGGAGAAGGGGAGGUGGCAGACGCAGUAGCAGAUGGGGAGGCGGCAGAGGCGGCCGCGAGUGGCGCAAAAGUUGAGAAAGAUGGCGAGGAGGAGAAAGUUGUCGGGUCGGGGAGGACGUAGGUAGUGUGGGGGAUGUGGCUCCUCCUUAAUCUUCAUAAGGCACUGGAGGAGGCUGCGCGGUACAGUGCCUUCUGGCUGGCCACGCUGGUGCUCCAAGCAACUUUUACCUGUUUAACGUUCGUUACUUAGAAGGUGAUAGCUGGCGAGCGCAGGCGGCAUGUGGGGCGGGGCGGUAUGCAUGACUGCAUGAUCACAUUCAUCUUCUGUACGCAUGGGAGAAUGGAAGCCCUUCACGAUGUACUGUAGUUUGCUGUAUCGUGCUGUAGCAAGUUGUACGACAGGGUUGGGCCCACGUGUACAUGCAACCCUACUGCGGCUAGCGGUGUCCAGCCGCGGUCAGAGGCGUCGUUGAUUGGGGGGUUAGAGGCACAGCCAAUGUGCAGGGCUUUUCCUCCUCUGAGAUUCAACCUGGGGAUACGGCUGUGGGAAAGCUUACGAGAGCAUUGGUGUGUAAAGGGAAGACAUUGCAUGCAGGCUGGUGCGAUGUAUGAUAAGAAGCAUGUGACUUGAUUUUGUUGAUGCUACAUGAUACAACUGGUGAUAGGGCAGGACAGGAACAGUUAAGGACAGGACAGAACGGGUCAUUGUUCGUGACACUUGGCAGGAGUUCUGACGGGUCGUCUACUGUGCGUGUGAAGGCGCAAGUAAUGGCGAAAUGUACGGAUGUUGUGGACAUGUAGUGGACGAGCAUCGCCGGAGAUCACAGGCAUGUACGGUUGUUGGUGGGCCUUGCUUGUACGGCAGCAGCAGGACGCUAGGCGCAGAACCUGGGUGCGUGCUUGCAUGCUGCAUGUCAGGCAGGCCCACGGGUUCCGAAGCGAGGAGCGUUGCGAUUAUACUUGGGGUCCGAUGGGGUCGCAACUUUGGCUUAGGCUAGGCUGCGUUAGUCAUGUUAACAGGCAUUUUAGCGAGCUGUUCUGAUGUUCUACGCUGUGUCGCAUGGGACCGCGCUCACAGCCACGCGGAGGUCCACGGGUAGGCGGCGGGGAAGCUUUGUUCAGGUGUCCAUGCAUGCUGAGCAUGAGGGCUUGCCUAUUCCAUUUGUUCGGACCCUGUUUACAUACACACAAUGUCAAGGUCGGAGACGUGUUUGGGUCGUCCAACAUCUCAUGCGGGCAUUCCAUGCUGUCUUGUCACGUCUUUGUUACGCCGAAGCUGACCGAAGACGUGCAACUACCCAACCAUCAUAAGA